CCGCUGUAUGCCCAAUCUGGGCACUUGACUCAGUUUUUCUUCAUUGUCAAAACCAAACAAAAAGCCAAAAUGCACAGCAUCCAAGUCGUUUCGCCCGUUGACGGCAGCAUUGUCGCCACGCGCACCCUCGCCACCGCCGAAGAGGUCGACGCCGUCAUCGAGCGCUCCAAGGUCGCCCAGAAGGCUUGGGGCAAGGUCCCCGUCAAGGAGCGUGUCGCCAUCUGCCUCAAGUUUGUCGAUGCGUUCGUCGCCGGCAAGGACGAGAUUGCCAAGGAGCUCACCCAGCAGAUGGGCCGCCCCAUCUCGCAGACUCCCGGCGAGGUCAACGGUAUGGCCGACCGCGCCAAGUACAUGAUUUCGACCGCCGAGGAGGGCCUGAAGGACGUCGAGUUCCACGACAAGCCCGGGUUUAUUCGCUUCAUCCGCAAGGAUGCCAUCGGCGUCAUCCUGGUCGUGGCUGCCUGGAACUACCCCUACCUGAUUGCCGUCAACUGUGUCAUCCCCGCGAUUCUUGCCGGCAACUCGGUCGUGCUCAAGCAUUCCGCCCAAACCCCGCUGUGCGCCGAGCGCUUUGCCGACGCAUUCAAGGCUGCUGGUCUGCCCGAGAACGUCUUCCAGUUUGUCCACAUGUCCCACGCACACACUGAGCGCGCCAUCCUCAACCCGAGCGUCGCCUUUGUCAACUUCACUGGCUCCGUCGCCGGUGGCCACGAGGUCGCCAACGCCUGCGGCAAGCGCUUCAUUGGCUGCGGCCUCGAGCUCGGUGGCAAAGAUCCCGCCUACGUGCGCGACGAUUGCAACCUCGAUCACGCCGUCGAGAAUCUCGUUGACGGCUCCUUCUUCAACUCUGGCCAGUGCUGCUGCGCCAUCGAGCGCAUCUACGUUCACGAGAAGGUGUACGACGAGUUUGUCAAGAAGUUUGUCGAGCUGACCAAGCAAUACCGCCUCGGCAACCCCAACGACGCCAACACCAACCUUGGCCCCAUGGUCAAGACUGGCGCUGCCGACUUUGUGCGCAAGCAAAUCAAGGAUGCCGUCGCUGCCGGCGCCGUGUCCCUCAUCGACGAAAGCCACUUCCCUGCCUCCAAGGCUGGCACCCCGUACCUGGCUCCUCACGUGCUGGUCAACGUCAACCACAGCAUGUCGGUCAUGAAGGACGAGUCUUUCGGUCCCGUCAUUGGCAUCAUGAAGGUUUCCAACGACGAGGAAGCCAUCAAGCUCAUGAACGACAGCCCCUUCGGCCUCACUGCCGCUAUCUGGACGAACGACUAUGACGCUGCCAUUCGCAUUGGCGACCAAAUCGAGACUGGCACUUGGUUCUGCAACCGCUGCGACUACCUCGACCCCGCACUUGCCUGGACUGGUGUCAAGGAUUCCGGCCGAGGCUGCGCUCUUUCCAAGUUGGCCUGGGAGCACCUCACUCAGUACAAGAGCUUCCACGUGCGCAAGCUCUAAGUGGUCGCAAAGCCUUCUUGUUGCGUGUGCUGCACGUCAUUGUCUCGAGUACAAAAAAUGUGUUGCUGUG